UUUCCCAAGGUUGGGGUGAAGCCCACUGCCCAUAUAUUAUAUUACCAAUUCAUUUUUUUGGGGAAAAGCUCAAUCUUCAAUUCCACCAUCUGAUCUGAGACAGUUGUUUAAUGGAGGUUCCUGAAGAAAGAGAGCUUCUGCUUAUGGUGGAUGGGGAUGAUGAGGCAGCUGGAACCAAGAUUCAGGUGAAGGGGCUUACAAGGGUUUCAGACAAGGGUCUUACUCUUCUCAACCAGAUCACCUUAGAUAUACCCAGAGGUCUGAUCAUGGGGAUCAUUGGCCCUAGUGGCAGUGGAAAGUCAACGUUCCUCAGAGCACUCAACCGCCUAUGGGAGCCUGCAAAUGCCACAGUCUUCUUGGAUGGCAAAGACAUAUGUGAUCUUGAUGUCCUCAGCCUUCGCUGCAAAGUCGGCAUGCUCUUUCAGCUCCCUGCUCUCUUUGAAGGCACAGUUGCAGACAAUAUCAGAUAUGGGCCACUUUUAAGGGGGAAGAAGCUAAGUGAUGAUCAAGUCCUGAGAUUGCUUAGUCUUGCAGACCUUGACUCCUCUUUCUGCAACAAGCCUGGUGGUGAACUGUCUGUUGGCCAAGCUCAGAGGGUUGCACUUGCUAGGACCUUAGCUAAUGAGCCAGAGGUUCUCCUGUUAGAUGAGCCAACCAGUGCACUCGAUCCAAUAUCGACACAGAAUAUUGAGGAUGUUCUCGUCCGGUUGAAGAAGGAGAAGAGAAUGACCAUUGCAAUGGUGUCUCACAGCAUCAAGCAAAUACAGAGAAUAGCUGAUGUGGUCUGCCUUCUUGUUGAGGGUGAGAUUGUGGAGGUUCUGAAGCCUGAUCAGCUCUCUCAAGCUAAGCAUCCCAUGGCACAAAGGUUUCUUCAACUAAGCUCAUAGUUUUCUUUUGGUAUGUAUUGUGUGUUUAUUAUGUACGAAGGAAACAAAAACACUUGUUAGAACUGUAUCCUCUCCUGUAAUAUCUGGUGUAUCAAAUAUAAAUCUCAAGCAAAUUAGAGUGGCGCA